CUACGUAAUCUUUGUGGAUGAUACAGUAGGUUUCACAGUGUGCUUGCGUGUGGAUGCUGGAACUACAAGAACUAAAAAGAACAAACAAGGAACAACAUUCGGACCAAAAAAAAAAAAAGAAAAAGAACAACAUGGUCAUGAUCCUUAGCUCUCUUACUGUUCAAAUGCAACGACAACAAGAAAGCCAAUCCAAGAAAGGAAAGAAAAAGGAAUAGGUACAGGACCAUUAUGCCUCGGUAAACAGCAAUAUCAGUACAAUAUACAAUACACAUAGAUAUCCCUUCUACGAUUCAGUGUGUUUUGUGUCAAUCCCAAGAACCCUAAAGGUAGAAAACAGAAGAAAAUAGUUGUACUAAUAUUUAAAUACUCCUACUAUACUUUGGUUCUUUGAGAAGGAAAAGUUAGUGAAGGCACAUAGAGAAGUAGCUUUCCUGUUUUACAUAGAGUUGCUGGUGGUGAUUAGGAAUGAACUGCCUCUCCUCCCAUAAAGGGGCAAACCAAACCCCAUUCUGUCCAUUCCAAGCAUAAAUUCUCUUUGAAAACAUAGAAAAGUCAAUAGUAUAAUGUUUUGUUCUUCUUCUGCUUCUUCCUCUUCCUUCUCAUUAUGUUCAAAUACUUCCAAGAAAGGACUUGAGCUAGGUUUAGGUUUGGAAUGUGGGUCAGCUAUUGAUCAAACAAGAGCUCCAUCCUCUCUUUUUCUAUUAAAAGAGAAACAAGGAGGCCAUCAUCAGGAACCAGAGCUAAGGUUAGGGUUAGGGUUAGGGGUAGGGUUAGGGUUAAAGUUAGGGUCGGUUGAUGAUGAUGAUCAUCAUAAUAUGAAAAUGGAGGUAGCAACAGCUAGACAUACUUCUAAAACCUCAAUUCCACAUCUUUCCCCACCAGGACUGUGGUUCUCUUUACGUCCUUCAAUUAAUAGGAAAGGGGAAGUUCUACCUCAGGUUCUGAAAGCGUUUAUAAGAGUGAAAGACGAGAACGUGACAGUGUUCAUGGUUAAAACCUACCUGGUUGGAAAGCUUGGUCUCUCCAACGAAGCUGAGGUUGAGAUUUCAUGUAUGGGGCAGAACUUGAUGCAUACUCUAACCCUGAAGCACGUACGUGAUGCUAUUUGGUUGCCAGGACUGGUACAAUUCUUGAACUCAAAGACAAACUUCAAUGAAAGUUCACAGGGAGCUAGUGUGAACUAUGUCAUGUCCUUAGACUAUGGGCGGACAUGCCUAGAAGUAUAGCCCCUACGUAAUAGCUUUCAAUUUUAGUAGAGUUGUAGCAAUAUAUUUAUAUUUGAAGCAUCUACUUUUCCAAGAAUGUACUGUUAUUAGUAAGUAGGAGUAAUAUACAGAUGCUGUAGAAUCGCUUUAGAACAUCAAUUGACACUGUCACA